UGAAGGUUAUACUCGGCAGCAGUUUUUUGCCCCGUUUAUAGAUUUAAACUAAUAUUUACUCUGUUUUAGGAUUUAUCUCCUGUGGUUUGGAGCCCAAGCAACCGUAUUAGGGUGAAUACGGCCUUAAAGGUUUUGGGUGAGUUGUUUCCUCUUGGGCCCUGCGAUAAGGUGGCGACUUGUCCAGGGUGUACCCCGCCUUCCGCCCGAUUGUAGCUGAGAUAGGCGCCAGCGCCCCCCGCGACCCCAAAAAGGGAAUAAGCGGUAUGGCCGGUCCUUCCAGUUAUGCACUGCGCAUGUCUCGGUUGAGCGCCCAGAUCUUCGGGAAUGUUGUGCGUACCACAGACUCCAAAUCCAUGAAGGUGGUUCAGCUGUUCCGGGAGCCUCCCCUCGCCAAGAGGAAGGAAGUGUAUGACUGGUACCCACAACAUAAUGUUUACUACGCCAUGACCAGGAAGCUCAGGUUCAUGGGAUUAUUCAGGGACGAGCAUGAGGAUUUCAAGGAGGAGAUCCGUCGCCUGAGGAAGCUCAGAGGGAAAGGUGUACCAAAGAAGGGAGAGGGCAAGAGAGCAGCCAAGAAGAAAUGAGCUGCAACAUUUAUGCAUAAAACAAGACUAUUCACACCGUUAUUUGUUUUAUGCUGUGACUUCAUCAACAAGUUUGUUUCUGGCUAUGUAAAGGAAAAUUCUGACUACAGUAACUAACAAUGAGUCCCUUUUUGUAGAUGUUUUCUGAGGAAAAAAAACUUUGUUUUCCAUCCAUCCAUCUUCUACUGCUUAUCUAAGGUCGAGUCGCAGGGGCAACAGCUUAUGCAGGGAGGCCCAGACUUCCCUCUCCCCAGCCACUUUGUCCAGCCAGGAGACAUAGUUUCCCCAAGCUAUCCUGGGACUUCCUUGUGGCCUCCUACUGGUCAGACGUGCCCUAAACACUGUCCUGGGAGGCGUUCGGGGGAAUUGCCUCAUCUGGCUCCUCGAUGUGGGGGAGCUCCAUCCAUCCAUUUUCUACCGCUUAUUCCCUUUUGGUGUCGCGGGGGGCGCUGGCGCCUAUCUCAGCUACAAUUGGGCAGAAGGCGGGGUACACCCUGGACAAGUCGCCACCUCAUCGCAGGGCCAACACAGAUAGACAGAUAAAAUUCACACACUAGGGCCAAUUUAGUGUUGCCAAUCAACUUAUCCCCAGGUGCAUGUCUUUGGAAGUGGGAGGAAGCCGGAGUACCCGGAGGGAACCCACGCAUUCACGGGGAGAACAUGCAAACUCCACACAGAAAGAUCCCGAGCCUGGAUUUGAACCCAGGACUGCAGGACCUUCGUAUUGUGAGGCAGACGCACUUACCCCUCUGCCACCGUGAAGCCCUACUUUGAGCUCCUUCCGAAUAAAUAGUUUUUCACCAUACAAAUAAUUCUGUACUUUACAUUUGUUUUUGUAAAUAUAAAAUUUUCAUGGACAAAUAUUUUGUAUCAUUAAACAUUUGUUGAUUGGCAAAACUAAAUUGGUCCUAGUGUGUGAAUGUUGUCUGUCUAUCUGGGUUGGCUCUGUAAUGAGGUGGCGACUUGUCCAGGGUGUACACCACCUUCCUUCCAAAUGCAGCUGGGAUAGGCUCCAGCACCCCCGCGACCCCAAAAGGGACAAGCGGUAGAGAAUGGAGAGAUGGUUGGAAAAAUAAAAGUAAAACUAAAUAUUGAUGUAUUAAACCAUUACUGAAAUCAAAGAAAAAAAUGUAUACCUAUGUUUUUAUAAAGGUAAUACAGGACCAGUUUGCCCAGCUCCAAUUCUAGUAUUUCUAAAAGUAUCAUUGAAUAAUCUUUUUUUUGCCUCAAAGUGUGUUAAUUUUAUUUGUAAAAAAUACAGAACAAAUAGGCAAACAAAACACAAAUCAAUGUUUUUAAAAGUAUUUUUGGAAGGAUACUAACAAUAUAACACUCUAAUUACAUGCAAUUGUUUGAGUGAAAUAAAGUCGAUUGUGCAAACUAUAUAAAACAAAAAUAAAAGAUUACCUCUCA